UACGCACAGGGAAGCGAAACGGAGCGAGAGAGGGGGGCGAUUUCGCCAACCUUUCCUGGGGCUAAAUCAGUGGAAGCAGGUGUAUUUCAGCUGUAUUUCGGGAAGUCAAGAUGUCUCUGCUGCCUUCGAGGUUCAUAUACCUGUGUUUACAUUUACUGGUGUUCUAUUUCCAACUGCAGGAAUCGCAGCAAAGCUCUGCUGAUUUCAGGUUUUACAUCGAAAACCACACCAGAAACCCGGAUGACCUGAGCCGGAAGCAAGUCCGGAUCUAUCAGCUCUACAGCAGAACCACUGGCAAACAUGUGCAGAUCUUGGGGAAGAAAGUCAACGCCAAUGGAGAUGAUGGGGGCAAGUAUGCUCUCCUUAUUGUUGAGACAGAAACCUUCGGGAGCCACGUCCGAAUAAAAGGAAAAGAGAGCGAACAUUACAUUUGCAUGAAUGAGAAGGGCAAAAUAGUUGGAAUGCCUGAUGGAAGGAAGCAGGAGUGUGUCUUUAUCGAGGAAUUCCUGGAGAACAACUACACGGCUCUCGUCUCUGCCAAGUACAAAGGAUGGUACCUCGGAUUCAAUCGGAAAGGGCGGCCUAAGAAAGGCUCGCGGACCACGCAACGACAACAGGAAGUCCACUUUAUGAAACGGCAGCCGAAGGGCAAGGUGAACCCAGUGCAGGAGUUUCGCUUCACCACAGUAACUAAGCGGACACGAAGGGCUCGGCGGUUAAAAUCCAACGCAAAGAGGAACUGACAGGACUAAUGGGACAGCUCUAGUUUUCCUCGUGGAGGAAAAAAACUGUACCUGAAAAUCUCAAGCUUCUUAAAAGAAGACUUUUCUUCUGUAAAAGAAAGACUGACUAAAAGAACAAAAAAAAAAAGAUUUUUUAUUUUUGUAUUUCAGGAUGACUGAAUAUUUCCUAACUGUCGGAUUCUUCUGGGUUGAUGCCAUUGAGCUAAUGUGUCUGUCAUGUUAUUUAUACUGGAUAAACUAAAGGACCUCUGAGCGAAUUCCUGUCAUCGUGGCCCUCAGCUACAUAUGAACUGCAAGCUGAAGGCAUGCUUUCUUUUUGACAAAAGCAGGAGCUGAUGCAAUGUUAUAAAAAUCAGCCAACUAGAGAUUUAUUGGAAUACCUGUCGGUUUUUGUUUGUGUUGCCCCUGACAAUGCGGAUCCCAUACUUUCCACUGGAAUUAGAAACCAUGGAGAUGAAACGGAGAGAGGUGGCAGUUGCAGGUGACACUGUGCUGCCAGAAUAACUGUGUAGCUUCGAGUGCAAUAUUUUACAGGUCUCUCUCUUUCUCGUCUUCUUUCUUUCCAUGUGUGGCUCAGCUCCUAGAAUGCGCGGAAGCCUCCAAGUACUGUGUGAGAUUUCCAUACAGCCUGAGAUUCAGCUGAAACCCAACAUGCUUUGACUAGUCAAGCGCCAAACGUGGCUUUUGUUCUGUUUAAAGACUGAAAAAACAACACAAAAAUAUAACAGCUGAUGUGAUACAUAAAUCCACACUGUCUUCCAACUUCAUUGCAUUUGAGUAGGGAUCUUAAUCCCUUUCAUCUCCCCUCAGACUGCAUCUUUUACGGCUCUUCUUUGCAUGGGUUAGAGCUGUUCCACAACAAAAAGCUGCCUUGAUUCUUUGAAUCGGAGCUACUGUCUGGGGGCUGAUGAUGACUUCCUCUACCUCCUUGUUCUUUUGUUUAUCUUCACCUACACGGACUGUCUGCAUUCGGUUGAUUUCAGGAACCUUUCUGUUGACUCAUUUUCUUUCUCUCUCUGCCUCUCCUCAACUCUCUCGCUGUCCCAAAAUCAUCUUUUGACUGUGAGCUCAUCUUCGCUCCUUUCACUCUCACUGGAAGACAGUCUCCAAGAUGCUUUUGGGAAGGCUUAGCUUUAUGCAGAUCAGUCAUCCAUGGAUAGGAAUACUGUACAUAAUACACUCCAGAUCACCUCAUAAACUCAUAUUUAACAAUUAAACAAUUUCCUCAAAAAUCCAGAUGACCAAUAUGUCAAGGAUCCAGGGAAUACUUUCAGCAGCAUGGUAGUUUUAUUUUGUUUUCAAAUCUGAAUCCUAAAGGGAAAAGUCUGCUUUUAUUAUUAUUUUUUCUCACUGACAACAAACUCCAGCCUCUUAUCACCCGUAGUAUGUAUUUACCUGCUGUCAGGCAGGUUUUUUGUAUGAGUUGCUACUAACAACAUGACACGUUUAUGAUUUUUUUUAAAAAAACAAAUGUAAGCAAAAAAAUAAUUUUAUGACUAUUAUUAAGAUAUUUAUUGCCUCUCUUUGUAAAUAAAAUGUGAGUUUUAUUUGGCCUCUGUUAAUAAAAUGAGGAGUAUAUUUUAAAACCGACUUAUUUUAUGUCUUUAUUGAACUCUGAACACAGGUAUAAAUGUCUUUAUAGCCUAAUUUGAGACAGAUUUUUGAGAUGUGCACGCUGACUAUCAUACUCCCUGAAAGUGAAAUCACUCCAGGUAGGGUUUGGAUGAAUAGAGUACAUUCCCUUCUCUGCAUACUGCCAAGUUAUGCAUUUUUAUAUACAAACCCAAAGCGUGAGGACUGCUUUUAAGCACAGUGAUUUGAGAAAGGCCACUGAAAUAUUUCUCAAGUUUUUUUUAUAUCAUUGUGUGUGGCAACUGGAGUUCAAACACCUGGUGCUUUAAAAAAACAGAUUUUCUUUUAACAUUUAGGAAAUGGUGUACUAAAGUUUUUCCACCAAGUUAUUAAGGUUAUAAAUCAAGAUUUGAUGAAUUUUUCAAUCAUAGCUAAAGUGAGUGGUGAGACAAUUACAAAUAUUUUUGUCACAAGACUAAAGAACUUGAUCAGGUAUGAGACCCCAAACAAUCUUUGAGUACUUGCAGUGCAGCCUACUUUGAUUUAAAUGCUUCGUCCUCCAAACAGUAAGCAUGAAGAGGUAAAAGAUGGACAACUUUGCAUCUGUUAAAAGCACUGAAAGAAUGUGGGGAAAGCAUGUCUUAUAAUGCUGUGUGCAGGAAUGAUGUUUACAGUAACCGUCAGACUGAAAGAUGGCGGCUUUGAGGGGGAAAAAAAUACUUUUGUUUAAAUUCCUUGCAACGCUAUCGGCCCCCCUCCCUUUCACUCCACUCUGGUAGUUACCUCCAACACAUCCAGAAGUUCCCCCAUUCCGUCAUGGGAUUUUGAAUGUCUGGCCUGCUGCUUUUAAAGGUGGAAACAUAGUGCUUGAAGUGUGACCCUGUUAUGUGCCAUUAACAUAAUGGAUCAGCACUGAAGAUGGUGCUUGUCUUUGGGGGGAUGGAAGGAGGUAUCUGUAGGAUUUUGAAGAAUGUUUUAUGCCCUUUAUCUUGUCUUCAUCUUCUUUAACUGUGUAUUGUCACUUUUGUAGAGGAAUGAUGACUUUACUGAAAGGAUCAGAAACAUGCAGCCAGAGUACAUA